AUGUCUUACAACGAUGACGGCCAACGCGGCGGUGGCUACGGUGGCGAUAACUAUGGCUCAGGCGGACGUCAAGGAGGCGGCUUUGGCGACGACAACUACGGUUCUUCCGGCCGACGCACUGGUGGCGGCCUAGGUGCCGAUGACACCUACGGGGACUCCACUGUCACAGGAGGCAGAAGCACUGGCCAGGACAACGAAUACGGCAUGGGCAGUGGCAGGACUACCACACAAGAUGCCGGUGGCUUUGGCGCAAGUGAUGAUACCUACGGCUCCGGAACCCGAGGUACCUCUGGUGGUUAUGGAGGUGGUGGCCGCACUGGGGGCGGUUUAGGCACCGAUGACACCUAUGGAGAUUCGACAACCACCGGCGGUCAAAGCACUGGCCGUGACAAUGAAUACGGUUUGGGUAGUGGCAGAACCGGAGCUCAAGCAUCUGGCGGCUACGGUGCAAGCGACGACAACUAUAGCUCCGGCACCGGCACCGGCGGUGGCCGUGGCUUCGGAGAUGAUAGCAUUGGUCGUCGCGGCGACGAUUUCAGCGGUUCCGGCGGUUCUGGAGGCGGACUUGGCGCCGACGAUACUUAUGGCGACUCGACCCAGACGGGAGGCAUUUCUACGGGCCGGGACAACGACUACGGCAUGGGCUCCGGCCGCACCCAGGGCCAAGAGCAGGGCGGCUAUGGCGGUGGCGGUUACGAUGAUGACACCUCGAGUGGCAAGAAAGAUUCCACCAUGGGUAAAGUGAUGGAGAAGGCGGGCAGUAUGUUCGGAAGCAGCAAGUUGGAGGAGAGAGGUGCCGAGAAGAGACGUGGUACUGGAAACGAUGACUAUUAG